AUGGCUCGUAAGCGUAAGGGGCAGGCCCUUAACGACUGCCCCAAGGAUCUUGACGACAUUCCUUACAUCCGCUGGAUGAACCAGCAGAUCGCCAACGGGCGCCAUCCGAAGGGAUUAUCCGCGCCGCCCGUGCUUGACGGCCACGGAUCGGUUGAGAAACCACCGUGGUAUCCGUACCUGGAGCUGCACAACCAGGACACCGCCGCAGCCGCACCGCAUGCGGUGGACGGCGGCGGCGCCACGGACGUCAACGUGCCGGCCGGCAUGGAGGUUCCAAGUUCGUCUCAGCCAGGCACGUCAACACCAACCUUUACGGCUCCGCCGCCGCCGACCACCGCAACACCUAGGCGCGCACGGGUGCACGAGACGGCUACCAUGCAAGCAGCCAAGCUGGUCUCCGCGACCAUCAAGGAUUGUCACGGUGACGCGAUGACGCGCAUUGAGAGCCUCGUCCGUGAAUGGAUGGCGCAGGACAUGCGACUUGCCCGCGAGCGCAUGACUGAAUCGGCGCCCCCGGACGUGCACCGUGCGCCGCCGGAUUUCAGCCCUCCUCCGCCACGCGGGGAGUCCGCACCACCUCCCGAAGCCGCACAGCAUGGCGACGAUGUUGGCGACGUCAACACCGUCACUCCGGGUGCUGAGGAUGUGGAGAUAUGGGUGCGCGGCGCCGACGAUUAG